AUGGGCGUCAAUCACUAUGCAAACAAGUUGAUCGAAUCGUUCCAAAGUUGCAGCUCUCCAGUCGCAAUGAUCAAGUUUGCUUCGUUGAUAGCAGUGGUUUUAAUUGCUCGCGUCCCAGUCGUCGAUGGCCAAGGCUGGCAGCAGGAAAAUUUUCUGGUUCGAUGUGCCCGGUUAAAGCAGCUCCAGAACUUUAACUGUUCUUGUCAAAAUCUGGACGAUGCGUUUGGUUUGAUUUGUGACGAUUUCAGUGCCAUCGUUGACAGUAACUUUAGAUGGGUAAAAAUCUCCUGUAGCGAUCCGGAUCAGGAAUUCGGUGAAUUUACGGCUGAGAAAAUAAUGUCAGCAGUUUUUACUAUGGAUGUUGAGAUAAACGAUUGUAUGGUUUUGGGAACCGUUGAUAAGUGUGAUGAUUUUUUGGGUCGUUUUAUAGAAGUUGCACAUGUUCAUACUCUAACAGUAGCAUCGACCAGUGGACUGAAGAUUGAAAUUACUGAUCAAUUUUUUGCUGGAUUUGACCAUGUGGAGGUUUUAGAUUUGAGAGAGGUCAUAAGUGAUAUUAAAGAAGAGGCUUUUGAGGAAAACGAUUUGAUACAACUGAAGCUGGAUGAUAAUGGGAUAUCGUCAGUUCGAUGGUUCAAAACUUUGCACAGCCUUGAAUUCCUAUCGUUGAGCAACAACAGGCUACAGUUCUUAGAUUUUUCGCUUGUUGAUGGAAGAAAUUCGGUGCUGCGGCAUUUGAACUUAUCGAGAAAUCUUAUUGUUACUCUUGACGAAAACGCAUUUUCUAGUUUAAAGGAACUCAUCAUUCUGGAUCUUAGCUUCAACCAGCUGAGAUCAGUCAACAAAAGAAGUUUUGCAGCACUUCAAGAGCUAGAGUCUCUAUUAUUAGAAGGAAAUAUGUUGACAUCGCUCCCCGAUGCUAUCAUCACAUUUUCCAACGUGAAACAAAUCGAUAUAUCAAGUAAUGACUUUGCACAAAUGACAAAUUUUUGUCGAAUAUUUACUGAGAAAACUAUACAAAUUAUCGAAGAGUUGAGUUUACGCAACAAUAGCGUAGACAUGAUACCAAGAUGUCUUGAGAGCAUGAAAAGUUUGAAGAAAUUAGAUUUCGGGUACAACAACAUCUCCUUUUUCGGCUGUGAAAGUAUGGGUAGCUCAUCAUUCGACUUGCAAAUUAAACUCAACAAUAACAACAUCAAACAGUUGAAUUUGGAUCAUUCGUGUGUGUUUGCAAGAGAUGGUCGCCCUAUGGUUACCUUAGAUUUGAACGGAAAUCCAAUCCAGUGCGACUGUAGUGCUCGAAAUAUUCUGCAGAUGAUGAGAAUGAAUUCUUCAGCAGUUCAGUUUGACAUAUCGAAGCUUUAUUGUCAUGAUCCAGCUGAUUUUUACAACACGCCUUUUUCAAACCUCAAGCUGGAAUCUUUAUCCUGUACACUUAACUUUGAAUGCCCCCAAGAGUGCACCUGUUUCGAGCUAGAAUAUAAUGCAACUGUAUCAAUCAACUGCUCCAGCCAAGGAUUAAAAUAUCUCCCUGAUCUCUCUGAAAUCGAUCCAUGGUUAGACAUUGAGCUAGAUCUAUCCCAUAAUCUGAUUGAAGAUCUCACAAUCGGAUCUUUUCAACGAGUUCAAAGGAUCGAUCUCACUGAUAACAAACUUUCAUCAGUAGCUGCCAUCGCUCGAAUGAUCAAUCAAUCAAAUCCUCACACAACGAUGUUUUUGGAGAAAAAUGUCUUCACCUGCAACUGUGAAUCAAUCGACGCUCUGAGAUACAUUCAAAAUCACAAACAUCAAAUAGUAGAGUACGAUCAGCUUGUGUGUUCUAACGGGCGCGAACUACACCUGCUAACUUUGAACGAUCUCUGCCUGUCUUCAUCCACUUCUACCUUCUACAUCGCUAUCAUCUCUUUCACCUCUCUCAGCGCUAUUAUUUCAAUGCUGCUGCUGUAUCGUCACUACCAAACCAUGAUCAAAGCAUUCCUGUACUCUCAAAACCUCUGUCUUCGAUGGAUCACCGAGCAGGAUCCGGACCAAGAUCGACCCUACGACGCGUUUCUCGUUUACGCUCAUCAGGACGAAAAGUUUGUGCUAGAUGUGCUAGCAAACACCUUGGAAUUGGAUCCGUACAAUUUCCGGCUCUGUAUCCAUCUGCGGGAUUGGACUCCCGGAGAGCUGAUCCUGGAUCAGAUUAAAGGCUCAGUCGAAAGCUCUCGUCGAACACUGGUGGUUCUAUCGGAGAAUCUUCUCAACUCGACCUGGGGCCAGCUGGAGUUCCGCACGGCUUAUACCAGUCAGCUGCACGAAGGACGUUCCCGGGUGAUUGUGAUCGUGUAUGGUGAUCUUGAUCAGCUGAAAAGUCAACUGGAGGAUGACUGGGUGCGAGCGUACCUCAACUUUAACACCUUCGUUAAGUGGAGUGAUCCGUGGUUCUGGGAGAAGCUUCGAUAUGCGAUGCCACACAAGCAAUUGGAAGGCGUUCGAAAUAGGGAUCAGCGGUUGCCAGAAGUAUUUCAACUAUAUUCAACGGCUUAG